CGGUGGGGGAGGGGCUCUGAGCGCGGGGCCCGACGGUCCGGAAAGCUGGAGCGGCUGCUGCUGGCGGGGGAACAUGUCGGAGUCAGAGCUCGGCCGGAAGUGGGACCGGUGUUUGGCGGACGCCGUCGUGAAGAUAGGUACUGGCUUUGGAUUAGGACUUGUUUUCUCACUUACCCUAUUUAAAAGAAGAAUGUGGCCAUUAGCCUUUGGCUCUGGAAUGGGAUUGGGAAUGGCCUACUCCAAUUGUCAGCAUGAUUUCCAGGCUCCGUACCUUCUACAUGGAAAAUAUGUCAAAGAGCAGGAGCAGUGACUUACGCCUGAGAGCACCCCGUGGGAGGGCAGGAGAAACCACGUUCAUCCCUCAGGAAUACUGAAGUGCCCCGGAGUGAGCGGCACUCUCCGUAAGCCGUCACCAGGAAUGCUUUCAGCUCAGCACACUGUGUACGUCUUUGAAACCAAGUCUGUUUCUUGUUUUGUAUUUUCUCUCUGGAAAUUGCAAGGAGGUGGUCCUAAAAGAAAUAAAUUAAACUAAAAUCGGCA